CAACAGACUAGUUUAACAUGACUGGUGUUUUAAGAGAGAAGAUGGUUAUUUGAUCUGCUGGUCGACAGAAAUUCACAGAUUAACUCAUUUGAGUUGAAUUUUGUCUUCACGUCUACUUGUUUAAGAGAUAAAGGAGGACUAUCAGAAUCUCAUGGCAGCUCUGUCUGAGAACGUGUUGACAGUCAACAUGUUACUGAGUGUCUUCUUUCUUCCAGGUAUUUAUGCUAAUAGUUGUGGUGGGAGUACACCGCUCGUCACCAUUACUACACCAAAGCCGACUGCAGCACUGAGCGGAUCUUGCUUGAACGUCCCAUGUAGCUUCACAGCUGCACAAGGAAGCACAGUAUUUGACAGUAGUAAAGAAACCCGUGGAGCAUGGAUUAGAGAUGGAAAUGAUAUUUAUAACAUAAAUAAUGGGGUUAGCACAAAUGUAGUAGAAAUUACCGGAAACUUGAGUCAGAAAAACUGCACCUCUCUGUUUUCUGAUGUAAAUAAAAGUCAAGCAGGCAAAUACUUCCUCAGAAUCGAGAAUGGUGACUACAAGGGAACAGCUUGUUCUGAUCCGCUUCAGAUAACAGUUGAAGAUUCUCCUUGGAGUCCCAGCAUUAACAUCUCUGGUGGUGAUCUGAAGGAGCAUCAGUCUGUCACUAUAACCUGCUCAGCUUUGACUCCCUGUCCACACUCACCUCCUGAACUCACCUGGAAUCUCCAACAAGACUCUCACAGACAAACAGAGAAAAACACAGAUGGAACCUUUACAACUAAAAUCCAGGAGAACAUCACUCUGUCAGACACACAUGAUGGAUACAACAUCAGAUGUUCUGCCAGAUAUCCUGUGAAUGGAGGAAACAAGACAGCAGAGACAGCAGUGACUCUCAGUGUUUCAUAUGCUCCUAGAAACACCUCAGCAUCCAUCAGUCCAUCAGGUUUGGUGUCAGCAGGUAGCUGGGUGAAGCUGAGAUGCUCCAGCAGAGCCAAGCCUCCUGCCAGCUUCACCUGGUUCAGGAACAGCAAACAUGGAGCCAUUAAUGUAUCUGUGGGGCAGAUUUACAGCUUCAAUGUUACUGAGGGAGGAGAGUUUUACUGUGUGGCCAGAAAUGAUCUGGGUAAUGAGACGUCAUCAGUGAUCCUUGUUAGUAUUGGAGGGAACCUUUCACUUUUGAUUAUACCUGUUGCAGUGAUUGUUGCCAUUGUACUCAUCUGCCUGGUGGUCUCUGUUUUGUGGUUCAAGUUCAAGCAUUCGACUCCACAACAGACUCAGAGUCAAACGGGUGCAGAGGUUCAAACAACAGUCUAUGAACCAGAGGAAGAAGUCCAUUAUGGAGAGGUGAACUUCCAACAGAGAGGACCUAAGGCCUGCUCGGUCUCAGUGCAGGACACUGAACAGCAGGAGACAGUUUACGCUCAGGUCAAAGUGUCUGCUGACAAUCCAGGGGAUAUCUAUGCUCAAGUUAAGAAAUCAUAAAUUCUGUUUUUUGUUCAGAAAUGUAGUGUUUAUUUUUGGGUCGGGGUGGGUGUAAAAUGUUCUCUCAGAUUAAAAGACAAACAUCCUCCAUCUCACUUCCUUUUUCCCCUUGUAAAAUGAUAACAGUCAUAUUUAGCCUACUUCCUCUUUCACAGUUUUAGAUGCCUGAGGAAAUUGUUUGCAUAGUGUGUCAGGUUGUGUACAUUUCACACCAUCAUAGAUGGAGGUGGAGGAAGUGUUUUUUUUUAUUUUUCAACAAACUACAAGACUAAAAACUCUCUGACCACAGGAAAUUAGGCAAACUACAAUCUGGCUUUUAGAGUAGCAGCUUCUUCUUGUCUGAGUGACCUUUAAGCCCAUGUUGCUACAGGAUUGGUUUCACUGUUACAACGCUCUGUCUUCAGCAAGCUUCUUCACUAAGUUUUUUACUUCUGUUUUGGGGUUUAUUUCAGACAAAAACCUGCUCAUUUCUGGGACCCGUCUCCUAAUAAACAGCAUAAUACCUAUA